UUUUACUCACAUUGAUCAAAAAUUUUGAACGAAUUGCUGUCGACUGCGAGAGCGCGAGUCUGUGAAUUGUUGAUUGUUGAAUGAUUGUUGAAAUUCUUUUUGUUGGCCAAGAUGGAUAAGACAACUAAAAAACCAAAGAACAUUUUGAAGUUGGAUGAGACAGUAGUUAAUAGAAUUGCAGCAGGAGAAAUCAUUCAAAGACCUGCAAAUGCUCUCAAGGAAAUGUUAGAAAAUAGCCUUGAUGCUGGAUCUACAUCAAUUCAAGUGACAGUGAAAGAUGGUGGUUUAAAGCUCCUGAAAAUUCAAGAUAACGGAAGUGGGAUAAAUAAGGAAGACUUUGCCAUUGUGUGUGAACGUUUCACUACAAGUAAACUUCAGAAAUUUGAAGAUUUAAAUGCAAUUGGUACUUUUGGAUUUCGAGGAGAAGCCUUGGCUUCCAUAAGUCAUGUUGCUCAUUUAACCAUCAUAACUAAAACUGUUGAAAUGCAGUGUGCUUACAAAAGUUCAUACCACAAUGGCAAACUAGUUGGGGCCUCAAAACCAUGUGCUGGGACACAGGGAACCCAGAUAGUGGUGGAAGAUCUAUUCUACAAUGUCCCAACAAGGAGAAAUGCUUUAAAAUCACCUUCUGAUGAGCAUAACAGGAUUAUUGAAGUUAUAACUCGCUUUGCUGUACAUAAUGCUUCUGUUGGAUUCAGCUUGAAGAAGUUGAAUGACAAUGGUUCAGAUGUAAGAACAUCUCCCAAUUCAACUCAAGAGGACAAUAUUCGGAUUCUUUAUGGCCAUGCUGUGGCAAAAGAUUUAAUCAAGCUAAAUGUUGAAGACCCUGUACUUAAAGUAAAAGUUAAUGGGUUGAUUUCUAAUGUUGAUUAUGCUGGAGCAAAGUUCACUAUGCUUUUAUUUAUUAACCAUCGCCUUGUGGAUUCUACCCCGUUAAAGAGAGCGCUAGAUAGCGUGUAUGCGACAUACUUGGCGAAAGGAAAACAUCCCUUCGUUUAUUUGAGCAUUGAAAUUGCUCCUAAUUGCGUUGAUGUCAAUGUGCAUCCUACCAAACAUGAAGUCCAUUUCCUCAACGAAGAUGCAAUUAUACAUAAAAUUCAAUCAACAGCAGAUAUAUUACUAAAAAAUGCGAGUACGUCGAGGAGUUUUGCCAUACAGACUGUUAUUCCACCGAGUAAUUUUCUUAACAAACCGGAGAGCAGAGUAACCAAUUCCAACGCUACCAAGGUUUACGAUAAACAACUUGUUAGAACCGACAGUAAAGAUCAGAAAAUCGAUAAAUUUCUCGAUAAAUCAACAACCGCCCCGGAAUCCAUGAUGUCGUCAUUGGAUCAAUCUAGUUUCAUCAAUCAAACAUCAGUGGAGGCUUCAUAUGAACCUUCGAUUUCUGUUAACCAGCGAAUAGAAGCAGAGAGAUCUGAGGUUCCCGAUAAAGUAAGAACUAUUCCAAGGGAGCCAGAGAAAAAUAAUUCGACUAUAAGCCACGGUGUUAUAGAAAGUAUUACCGAAAGACGCAACUUUGAAUUGACAAGCCUAAGUCAGUUGCGUGAAGCCGUCAAGAAUAAUACUGACCAGGUGUUACGCGACACUUUUAAAGACUCUAUAUUUGUUGGGUGCGUGAGUGAAAAGCAUUGCCUUAUUCAGCAUGGAACGCGCCUAUACAUUUUCUGCUUGGAAAGAGUGGCCGAAGAAUUCUUCUAUCAAAGGUUUCUUGAGGAAUUCGGCAACUGUGGUGUCAUCUGCUUAUCGGACCCUCCACCGCUAUACAAUCUCGCUCUAAUGGCAAUGGAUCAGGAAGAUAAUGAAUGGCGGCCCGAAGACGGUCCCAAGGAUUACUUGGGGAAGCAAGUGGCCGAACUUCUGGGAUGCAAAUCAGAAAUGCUUAACGAUUACUUUAGUAUACAGAUUGAAGGAAAUCGCAAUCUCGCUGGGAUACCUCUAGUUCUUGUGGGUUAUAUUCCUGAUCUCACCCAACUUCCAUCGUUUGUUUUACGAUUGGCAUCGGAUGUUGAGUGGAACGUGGAAAAAGAUUGCUUUGAUACUGUCUGCCGCGUCAUGGCCAAGUUCUAUCGAAAGCCCAACGACCAUGAAGUUCUCAACGUUGGCUCAGACAAAGACUGGAAAUGGACGGUAGAGCAUGUCCUCUAUCCAGCCAUCAAGGCCUCAUUACUUCCUCCCAAAGCAUGGAUUAGUGACGGCACUAUCCUGCAAAUUGCCGACUUGCCUGAUCUGUACAAGGUGUUUGAGCGAUGCUGAGGAGCAACAUCAGUCAUAUUAUAACAGCUGUAUCGAUCCUAAAGAUCAGAGACGAGCAUAUAUUAAAUUCUAAAUUCUUCGUAA